AUGAAUGGAACAGAAGGUCCAGAUUUCUAUAUCCCCUUUUCCAACAAGACUGGGGUAGUACGGAGUCCAUUUGAGUAUCCGCAAUACUACCUGGCUGAACCAUGGAAAUACUCCGCGCUGGCCGCUUACAUGUUUAUGCUGAUUAUUCUUGGCUUCCCUAUCAACUUCCUGACUCUGUAUGUCACCGUCCAACACAAGAAGCUCCGUUCGCCUCUAAACUACAUCCUUUUGAACCUGGCAGUUGCUGAUCUCUUCAUGGUCAUGGGAGGCUUCACCACUACCCUGUACACAUCAAUGAAUGGGUACUUUGUCUUUGGGGUAACAGGUUGCUACUUUGAAGGCUUCUUUGCUACUCUUGGUGGUGAAGUGGCUCUGUGGUGCUUGGUAGUCCUGGCCAUUGAAAGAUAUAUAGUGGUCUGCAAGCCCAUGAGCAAUUUCCGAUUUGGUGAGAACCAUGCCAUUAUGGGCGUCGUUUUCACCUGGAUCAUGGCCCUGUCUUGUGCUGCUCCCCCACUGGUCGGAUGGUCCAGGUACAUCCCAGAGGGCAUGCAGUGCUCAUGCGGGGUUGAUUACUACACCCUGAAGCCUGAGGUCAACAAUGAGUCCUUUGUGAUCUACAUGUUCAUAGUUCACUUCACCAUUCCACUGACUGUCAUUUUCUUCUGCUACGGACGCCUGGUCUGCACUGUGAAAGAGGUAGGUUGACCUGCUGGCGACGGACUGCCAUCAAAAACUGCAUGUGAAUCCGAGAAAGAAGUUACCCGCAUGGUCAUCAUCAUGGUCGUUUCUUUCCUGAUAUGCUGGGUCCCCUAUGCCAGCGUUGCUUUCUACAUCUUUUCCAAUCAGGGAUCUGACUUUGGCCCCGUCUUCAUGACCAUCCCGGCAUUCUUUGCCAAGAGCUCUGCCAUCUACAACCCAGUGAUCUACAUUGUCAUGAACAAACAGUUCCGUAACUGCAUGAUCACCACCCUCUGCUGCGGGAAGAACCCACUUGGUGAUGAUGAAACUGCUACUGGCAGCAAGACGGAGACCUCCUCGGUGUCCACCAGCCAGGUUUCUCCUGCAUAGAUUCCUCCUGGAAGCAGCUGAUCUCAGGGCUGGCAUGCAUUGUCAUCAUGGACACUCAAAUCCCAUCUGCAUGAAUGUAGUCAUGUUACUGUAAUGACCACCGCCACCUGCA